AUGAAUUUAUAGGAUAAAUAAUUAUAAUUGAUUGACUUAUUCUCUAUUGAAACCAAUCGCUUAGCAAUAAAAAUUAAUGAUACCGUAAUCAAGAAUAUACUCUACACUAUCAAUAAAAUAACAUCUAUUAAUGAAAAUUAACAUGAAAAAUUACUUUAGAAAUUUGAUUGGAAGUUAUGUCCAUUACCUGAUAAAUUAAUUCCAACAUAUUUUGGAUCAAUCACUAUAUAUCCUAUCAUUAUUUAAAUUACAGUAUAAUGGAGCAAUAAAGAUAAAGAUUAAGAUAAUAAUAAUUCUUUAUUCACUUCAAUAUUAUCUAGAAUUCGAUUUUAAUUAGUCUCUUUUAGUGAAGCUGAAAUUUUAUUAAAAGGUAUUCAAAUGGAUGAUGUUUAGGACAGCAUAAAUGGAUUAUGCAUGAAAUUAACUUAAAGAUACCUUAUUGAUAUAUAUAGAUAAUUACCAGCUAUAUAGUUUAGCUGUUAUAAGCAAUUCAACUAAAUUAUUUAAAAACUUCGUAUCAGGCAUAUGCAAUAUUUGAUUGAACUACCUAUUGAAGGAUUUACUUAAGGUCCAUUGGAAGGUGGUAUGGGUGUUAUAAGUGGAGCAACUUCAUUAGUAAGUCACACUUUCUCUGGAGUUAAGAAUGUUGUAGGCACUAUUUCUAGUGGAUUAUCUAAAGUCACCAUGAAUGAAACUUAUCAAUAAUAAAGAUAGAUCAAAAAUUAAAAAUAAGCUAGAAAUUUUGGUUCUGGUAUAUAAGAAGGAUCUAAGUCUUUUGUUAAGGGAGUAGCUGGUAGUAUUGCUGGAUUCUUUAGUAAACAAUUCAGGGUGCUUAAUAAGAUGGAGCCUCUGGAUUUUUGAAGGGAUUAUGGCAAGGGACAUCAGGAUUAAGUAUUAAAUCUGUUACAGGAGUUUUAGAUGCCAUUUCAAAAACAUCAGAGGGUGUUAAAAAUGAAUUAUCGUCAUAUGAAUAACCUAAUAAUAAUAGAAUAAGAUAUAUGAGACCUCUUUAUUAAAGUGAUGGAUAUUAUAAAGAAUACAAUUAGAUUGAAGCAGAAUAUUAUGAGGUUAUUAAAGGAAUUAAAAAAGGAAAAUAUGAAAAUCAUAGAUUGCUCAGAGUUGAUGCUCUACUUACUUAUAUAUAAAAAUAGUCAUUCUCAAAUUUAAAUCAAUUAUAUUUAAAGAGAUAACGAACAUUUUGGAUUAAUUUUGACUGAGACUAGCCUAAUCUUUUUUGAUUUGAAUCAGCAUUCCAAACUUUUGGCUAUUUUGUAUGCAGAUGUUGAAAAUAUAAAUAAUAGUGGAAAUUUUAUAUAAUUGAAAAACAAGAAAUCUAAAAGGGCAUUCUAAGUAUUAUUAUAUUUAUAUAAUAAAGGGU